AUGAACUCUUCGCAGCCAGUUCCUUCCUCCACCCACCACAGCGCAAGCGCCUUCUUUGAGGCCACCACGCCCACGGACCGGCGUCCACUGCCCACCGUUCGCGCCCUCCACUUCGACGCUCCUCUGGCCCCGACCAUGGCCGACCUCGCCCAGGCCGCCUCCUCCCAGGCCUCCUACUACGACAUAGCAGCGUCGGCUUCGAGCCUCAGCUUUCUUGCGUCGAAGGCCCAGAGGGCGCCGCUCUCAAGGGACGAGUGGGACCAGUUCACCACCACCACCCAGCAGCUCAGGCGCGCCUUUCUCGCCCUCCACGGCGGCCGCAGCUCAUCGCCCACGCACGACUUGGGCACUACCACCUCGUCAGCUUCGUCGAGCUACCACUACCCCACCACUGCCACCACUACCGCGACCUCGCCUUCAUCGCUCGGCUUCGGCUACAGCUCUACCACGCCGUCGUACCCGUCGUCGCCCAUGUCGUCGCCAUCACCUUCGCCCACGCCCGGCCAGCAGCGGUCACUCCACACCCACACCCACACCAGCACUCGGCUCAACGAGGAGGAGCAGCAGCUGAUGCUCCUCCUGAGCGUCGAGCGCCGGCCGCGCAGCCGCAGUCACAAGGUGUGCGCCCACUGCGGCACGACCGAGUCCUCGCAGUGGCGGCGCGGCCCCUUCGACAAGGCCAUCCGCAACUUUGCCAAGAAGAAGCAGCAGAAGAGCGACAGGCAGCAGAUGGUGGCCGAGGCGCGCCAAUCGACUUCUGGUGGCACUCGUUCGGACAUCUACGACCUGCUCAACUGA